CAUGGCUUUUUGUACGAACCUUCGAUUUUUUUUCGAGCUCUGAACUCGGUCACAAAUAAUUAUUUAUUACCGGAAUAUUCGAUUCCCCGCCGUGUAAUUGAAUCCUCCAAUCGCCGGAAUCUCCGUCGCUCCCCCACCGCCCACUGUGACAUCAUUGUCGGAGAUGCGCUGUCAAGUCAUUGUUCUUAAGAGUAGGGCUUUAUGUGCAGUAGUUCUCCAUCUUUGUCAUGCAACUCUGUAUAUACUGGCUUUGUGACACGGAUAAUGUGUGGAAACUGAUGCAAUGGCAACUUCUAGCAAGUUUGAUCUCUCUUCUGGUAGCCCUGAUAGACCAUUAUAUACCAGUGGGCAGCGUGGGUCCCACAUGGCUGCUUCAUUGGAAAGACCUGGCAGCUUUCGUGAGAGCAUGGAUAAUCCAAUUUUAUCUUCACUUCCAAACAUGUCAAGAAGCACAUCUGCAAUAGCUCAAGGAGAUGUGACAAACUUUCUUCAAUGCUUGCGCUUCGACCCAAAAAUAGUGGCUGCAGAGCACAAGUCUAACCGACAAGGGGACUUGAUAAGACUUGUGAAUGUUGCUCUUAGCAUUUCACCUGAUGAUUCUCCAUCUAAUUCCGUGAAAGGCAAGUUGCUACCACCCCCACUACCGGAGGAUGUAAAACGAGUCAAGGCUGGUCUGCGUGAAAGCUGUGUUAAAGCCAGGGAACGUGUAAAGAUUUUCAAUGAAGCAUUGUCUGUAUUCAACAAGGUUUUUCCUAGUGUUCCAUCAAAGAAGAGAUCAAGAACAGAAAGUUUUUCUAAUGAACGGUCUGGUUUGGUGUUACCGGGUGAUCGUUCAAUGAUGGGACCAAGCAUGGGUAAGAUUGGUAUGCAGAGUCAUGCUGUGGCAGGUGGUUUUGAACUUGAGCAGCAAAAGUCGGAAGAAAGGACAAAAAAUUCUGUCCCGAACAAACGCACUCGUACUUCUUUGGUGGAUGUGAGGAUGGAUGUGCGAAGUAAUACUCUUGUGCGACCAUCUGGGGUUGUAGAAAGAGAAAGGGAAAUAAUGAGGCUUGCGAGUAGUGGUGCAGUUCAGGGUGAGGAACGUAGUCUGGCCAUUGGUGUUGACGGUUGGGAAAAAUCAAAAAUGAAGAAAAAGCGUUCUGGGAUAAAACCAGAUGUUUCUCCAAUGGCGACCGGUAAACCAAUUGAUGGGUACCGUGAAGCCAAACAGGGGAUGCAGCAAAGGCCUGUUAAUGAUGUCCGUUCAAGGUUACAAAAUGAUUCCCAUGGGUUCAGGCCAGGAGUCGCCAAUGGAGCUAUUGCAGUUGGAAAGUCAGAUGGAAUCACACAACCAACUGUCCCAGCCUUCCGUUCAUCCAUCCCUAAGACUGAACCAGACAAUCCUUCGCUUAUCAAUGAUAAAAGAGAUCGUCCUAUGGGUUCAGAUAAGGAAAGGGUGAACCAGAGAGCUGUUAAUAAAUCAAAUGCUCGUGAUGAGUUUAAUUCUGCUAGUCCUACCUCUAGUACAAAGAUUAAUGCAUCUGUUCGGGCUCCGCGAUCAGGCUCAGCUGUUACACCCAAGUUGUCCCCAGUUAUUCAUCGAGCAACUGUACCUAAUGAGUGGGAGAUAUCUCAGUGUACAAACAAGCCCCCUGCUGUUGCUGGAGCUAACAAUCGCAAACGCAUGACAUCAGCACGAUCUUCAUCCCCACCUGUUGCACAAUGGGCUGGCCAGAGACCACAAAAGAUGUCCCGCACUGCUAGACGAUCAAGUUUUAAUCCUAUUGUUUCAAGUAAUGAGGAAUCCCCUACUAUUGAUAGUGCAUCGGACGCCACUGGUAGUGACAUCGGGCAAGGAUUUGCCAGACGCUUACCUGGAAGUUCUCCUCAGCAAGUUAAGUUAAAAGGUGAAUCUUUGUCAUCAGCAGCACUAUCAGAGAGUGAGGAGUCAGGAGUUGCCGAAGUCAAAUCCAGAGACAAAGGCAAAAAAUCUGAUGAGGUAGAUGAGAAACCUGGACAAAACAUUCAAAUUCAAAAGGUUCCCAGUCUGGUCUUGCCAUCAAGAAAACAUAAGUCCGCUGCUGGGGAAGACCUUGGAGAUGGUGUUCGGAGGCAGGGGAGAACAGGACGAGGUUUUGCUUCGACAAGGUCUCUUGUCCCAAUGUCUGUUGAAAAGAUGGGUAAUGUUGGUACAGCUAAACAGCUGAGAAGUUCUAGACUUGGUGUAGAUAAGAGUGAAAGCAAAGCAGGUCGUCCACCAACUAGGAGACUUUCUGAUCGAAAGGCCUAUACACGUCAAAAACACACAGCAAUUAAUACAGCAGCAGAUUUUCUUGUUGGGUCAGAUGAUGGACAUGAAGAGCUAAUGACUGCUGCAAAAUCUGUUGUUGAUUCUGCUCGUUCCUUCUCCAGCUCAUUUUGGAGGCAGAUGGAGCCAGUUUUUGGUUUUUUGUCUGAUACAGACAUAGAUUACCUAAAGGGAAACAUCGAAUCUAGUGGGAUAACUCCAGCUGAGGUCCCUUGUUUGGAGGGUAACCUUACUGUCCACUAUGGACUGGAUUCGAGUGAAUUUGAACGAAGGAGUGGAGAGUUUCAUUCUGAACAAUUGGUGCCAGGCACUGGGGAUCACUCUGAAAUUCCCCUCUGUCAGAGACUUAUAGCAGCAUUGAUUUCAGAAGAGGAUUCUAGUAGUGGAAACGAAGAUCCACUAUUUGAUGCAUAUGGAGUUGAAUCUGAUCUGGAUGCAGAGGUGGAUUCAAAUGGUCUGAAUUAUCAAUCUCUAGUCAACUUUCAGUUUGCUGGGAAUGCUGCUUCAAAUGGUUAUAGGAUAACUGGGAGGCCAGAACAUGAUGAGCUUGAAGGUGGAAUCCGAAUCCCAAACAGAACAAUUAGUUCAAAUUUUUGUCAUUUUCAAAAUGGUGUUCUUCCGGGCCAGGCAUCUUUUUCUGGUUUCUCCUGUUCAGAAUUCCAGUAUGGUAACAUGCACAUAAAUGAAAAACUUCUACUGGAGAUUCAGAGUAUUGGAAUUUACCCGGAGCUACUACCUGACAUGACACAGACGGGGGAUGAUGAAAUCAGUGGGGAAAUUAGGAAAUUAGAGGAGAAGUAUCAUGAACAGGUCUCCAACAAGAAAGGGUUGCUGGAUGGGCUCCUCCAGUCUGCCAUAGAAAAGAAAGAACGCCAAGCAAAGGAUCUAGAAAAGCGUGCGCUUGACAAACUCAUUGGAAUGGCUUAUGAGAAGUAUUUGGCUUGUUGGGGUCCAAAUGCCACCGGAGGAAAGAGUUCUAGUAAUAAAAUGGCCAAGCAGGCUGCCUUAGCAUUUGUAAGACGGACACUCGACCAAUGCCAUAAAUAUGAAGAGACAGGAACGAGCUGCUUCAGUGAACCAAUAUAUAGGGAUAUACUUCUUUCUGUGGCUUCCAAUGUUAAUGGCAUGCGACAAGCAGAGGCUAUUGCAGAUGGUGAAUCCACCAAGUCAUAUGCUUCCGCUCGUUUGAAAGGUAGUGUUUCAGCUUCCAUGGGCUCCAAGCAACACCAUCCGCAGUUUAGUCAGAAUAUGGAUAAUAACGUUACUUCUUCAGAUGUGCUUCCACCUUUAAAUCACUUACCUGAACAAAGUAUGGGUAGAGAAGAGACGUGGACAAACAGGGUCAAGAAAAGGGAAUUAUCUCUUGAUGAUGUUGGUGGUACUAUUGGAACCUCCAAUUCCCCAUCAGGUAUUGGAAAUUCUCUAUCGAGCAGUGCAAAAGGAAAGAGGAGUGAGAGGGAUAGAGAUGGAAAAGGGCACAACCGAGAGGUCUUAUCAAGAAAUGGAACAGCUAAAAUUGGUCGGCCAGCAGUGUCAAAUGUUAAGGGUGAAAGAAAAACAAAAACUAAGCCUAAGCAGAAAACGACUCAGCUAUCUGUUUCAGUAAAUGGCCCCGUUGGUAAGAUAUCAGAACAACCCAAACCAGCAUUGCCUUCUGUACCAAAGUCUGGUGAAAUGACUACCAGUCGGAAUCCCAAGCAAAAGGAUCAAUUUGCAUUAGAUGCAAUGGAAGAUCCUAUCGACUUAUCUCACCUGCAAUUACCAGGAAUGGAUGUGUUAGGUGUUCCUGAUGAUAUUGAUGAUCAAGCACAGGAUUUAGGUUCAUGGUUGAAUAUCGAUGAUGAUGGUUUACAAGAUCAUGAUUUCAUGGGUCUUGAAAUUCCAAUGGAUGACCUUUCAGACCUGAAUAUGAUGGUUUGAAGUUGCUUCUCUGUAUAGUCUUGUUCAUUAUACUAUUGACAAAUGAAACAAAUUUGCUGUUUCAGGAAUGACCAGUUAUAAGAAGUCAUGUGACUAUCCAGUUGCAGUUACAAGCAUAGUCAUUUGGCUACCGAUCCACAAUUAGGUUAUAUAGAUUCUUUUGUAGGCUCCCACGCAAGUUGAAUUUUGAGUGAACCUUUUGGAUGUUUUGGAUUUUGCUCCUGUAUUAAGUUGGUGACUUUGACUGUAAAGAUCUUUUUGUUCAUGGCACUAGUUAGUAUGUCUUAGUGAUUAUAUCUUAGAAACAAUGUAUCCUGUCUGUAGCGUUUACAAAUCAGAGAACGGCCCCUUGUACAUACAUUUUAUAUUCCUAAUAAAAUCAGCUCUUACAUCA